CUCAUGAYACCUUUUUUCAAUUGUCUUUAGCUUCUAUUGUCUCUGGUUUUAGAUCAUAGCUACAGAUAAAAAGGCUUGUUGAGGCUUUGGAAGGUUUAAGUACCACUCAGAACGCUUGUUUAGUCUUCAGUUGGAAAAGAGGCAAACAUUUAAGUUAAAAUCGACUCAUGUCCUUGGAAGGCACCYGCUCUAUAUCCACAAGCCUUUUUCAGUACAUGAGCRACAGCUUUUGUCUGCAUCCAUGAACAAUUCAUCUGGUCUAAGCCGAGAGCCAUAUUGUUCUCUGAUAUCCUUAUAUAUAGUAACAAUAUCAAGAAGCCAUCAAUAUGAAUCAUUUUUACUCGUUUUUAUUGCUAUUAAUGRUUUCAUGGCGUUGCUGUCUUCUUGUACUAACUUCUUUAUCAUUUUCACCAUCGCACGAACGUCUUCAUUGAGGAUUGUACCAGCAAAUAUACUCAUCCUUGGCCUAGCUUUCUCUGACUUCGUAUCUGCUGCAUUUUCACAGCCACUGUACUGUAUUCUACGUUACUCGGAGUUGGUAAGAAGCGUCGAGUUAUUUUGCAAGACAAAUUUGGUUUAUAACUCCAUAUUAUGGUUUAGCCAUUCAAUGACUUUUUUACUUCUGACUGCAAUUACGACGGAUCGUUUUCUUGCGUUGCGCCUGCACCUAAGAUAUAAUACAGUUGUAACAGAAAGGCGAAUGUCAUUYGUUGUUGCAUCCAUUUUUCUAUUUUGCUUUGGAUGUUGUGUUGCUAGACCAUUUCUCGAUAAGUGGCUCGUACUCGUGGUAAAGUUUGUAAUAAUCCUCGUACUGGUUCUCCUUUUUCUAAAUGGMUAUUUUUUCUUCUCUAUUUCGCGUGUAAUACACAAACAUUCAACUCAAAUACACGCCCAGCAACCAAGUAUAAAUAUGCCAAGGUACAAGAAAUCUGUGAAYACAUUGUACUAUGUGAUAGGCGCCUUGGUGUUAUGCUACGUACCAUUUUUAGUCGGACUUGUAAUUUUCRCAGCAUUUGAACAAACAGAGGGAACAUUGGGCUUUCGAGUUAUAACAUUAACGUGUAUUUUUAUGAAUGGUUUGGUUAAUCCMAUUAUCUACUUUCGAAGAAACAGCGAUCUACGUAAUGCCGCUGGACAAAUAUUAAGAGGACUGUGGUACAGAUCCACGUAAAGUCGAAAUAUAAUUCAUUAGCUUGAAGAGAGUU